AUGAUUCCGUUACUGCUUGUAAUUUCUUCGGGACAAGUACUUUUCGUAACCAGUCAGAACAAUGGCAACCCUUACUACGGAGUACCACUUGGUGCUCUUCAUUACAGUGAUGGUAAUACACGAGCGGAAGCAUAUGCUGCUAAUGAAUAUACCAUCAUUUUUCAUCGUUUUACACAUCGACCACGUCAACUAGGAUGCACUUCAAUGAUAAUUGGACCACCACGUACAACUGAUCGUAAUGCGGUUAGUGGCGGUGUUUUCUUGUCGAUCACACAAACUAUGGUAGCAUCCCAACACACUACUAGAAGGCGAUUUACUCGUCAAGUGCCUUUCUCUAUUUUCGGCAUGCGUAAUUGGCCCGUUGAAUUUGAUCAUCUCGAACUUCGAAAAGAUGGCAAAGAGCUGAUACCGGUCCAGCAAAAAGAUCCGUUUGCGGGGAUUGAAAUCGAUAUGAAUUCAUCGGAGGACCUUACUCCGAAAACAAAAGACAUCCAUAUCGAGGAAAUUAGCCUUGAAAUUGUAAAUUCAUCAACAAUAUCAACGACGAACUUCAGUGAAAUUUUCGCCUCAGCCGCUACAACUCAGGAUGAUUUUUCUUCAGAGUCAAUGAAUGAAAUAACACUGUUUGAUACAAAUGCAACCAAUAUUUUUGAUGGCAGUGAAGUAUCUGGGAAAAUCGGAAAUGAAUUUGAACAAUCAAAUCCUGCUACCAUUAGCAUCAUUACAAAUACAAAUGCAACAACUGUGACUAACAGUAAUUGA